AUGAAUGGCUUUGGCAAUGACACUGUUAAAAGGAACUUUUUGCUAGAUCGUAACCACCAUGUGUUGUUUUGUCGGGUAGAGAAAAUUGGCUCAAAAUUUAUUGUUAAUUUUCUGAGAAAACUCGAAAAAGUCAAAAUGCCAGGGAAUAUUAAGAAAGAGAAAAAUAUUUCUGCGAGAGGUUUACUUAAGUCUAAAAAACUUUCUGUUGUAUCUGACUUUACAAAUAUCGGGAUGACAGAUUUUCACCAAGCUGUCAUGAAAUCUUUUAAAUUCAUGUUCGUCAGAGAGCCUUAUGGGCGACUAGUAUCAGGAUACGUGGACAAGUUCUUCAUGCCAAACACACUGUUUUGGAGGACGAUAGGCAGGUUUGCGUAUAACAUGCUACAUGAUGUGGAUGUAACAUGUGGAAACAGACUGUCUUUUCCGGAUUUCCUUAGGUAUGUGGUGUAUGGGGAACAAACUGGGGACCACAAAAAUCGCCAUUUUACAUCUAUAAGUGAACACUGUAAACCGUGUGAUAUUUCAUAUGAUUUCAUUGGUAAAAUAGAAACUUUUAAGAACGAUUUUACUAUGUUGUAUACAGCUUGGAAUAAGAUAUAUGAUACCAACGUUACAUUUAGUGAUUUCGAAUCCGAGACAGCUUACGAACGAGCAAUGUUCUACUCUAAACGGCUAUACGGUAUGAAAACUGGGAUCGAAGAGUGUGUAUCAUUUUAUGAAGGGAUGAAACGAACUUGGAUUGGUCUUCAAAUUCAGGGAAUUAUUCCUAAGUAUGUGCGAAUUCCGUUUACGAAGUUUGAAGCCGCAGGUGUAACUUUAGAACGCUUCCAGAGCGCUGUUGGUGCAGCAAUUAAUUCUACAAUAGACAAAUCCGCGGUGAAAUACCAGAAAAUAGAAGCUGUUAUUGAGGCGUACAGCCUCGUGCCCUUAAACGACCUCAUAACUAUACGGGAAUUAGUCCGACAAGACUGUCAGUUGUUCGGCUACGAUGAAAGCCCUAAGCCAAUCUUUGGUAACAAGACGAACGGAAACAAAAACAAUUUGGAGUAUUUUAAAACGUUCGUGUGA